GGAAAAUGCUAUUAUUAUUAUUAUCAAAAAAUAAAACCAGAGAGUCUUGGUUUGCUGGACAGAGUGUAUAGUAGUUUAAGUGAACUUAAAUUUAGCGCGCUUUUCAGGUUAGGUUUAAAAUUAUUUGCUGCUAAACAUAACCUACAAAGUUUGUGCGGUGUAAAUAUUGUUUUCAAAACUUCUUGUUGUUAACUAUUUAAAAUGGCUAGCUCUGAGCCAGCACAUGCACUUAACUUAGAUAUAGCCCAACAACAAAGUUUUGUUAGAUAUUUUAAUACAUUGCCUGAGAAACCACCAUCAACUGUGCGAUUUUUUAACCGUACCGACUAUUACACGUUACAUGGAGAGGAUGCGACAUUUGCAGGAGAAUACACUUCCAACCCCAUAAAGUACAUGGGUAGCGCUCCUAAACUGAGCUACAUUUCCUUAAACAAAAUCCAAUUCGAACAAUUUUUAAGAGAAUUGCUCCUGGUAAGGCAGUACAGGGUAGAAGUAUUCCUUAAGUCAUCAUCAAGCAAAAACAAUGAUUGGUACUUGGAGUACAAAGGAUCUCCUGGAAACUUGCAACAAUUUGAAGAAAUACUCUUUGAGAAUUCCACCUUGACAUUUUCCAAUUCGAUUAUGGGGAUUAAAACUGUCAGAAAUAGGAUUCUAGCGGUGGCGUCAAUAAACAUGACAGAAGUAAAAUUCGAAGUUUGCGAAAUAGAAGACAACGAAUGUUACUCAGAACUAGAAGCUCUUAUAGCGCAAAUCAGUCCAAAAGAAUGCAUAAUACCUCUGGGUGACUCCCCCGAUUUGGUAUCUCUUAAAACCGUACUAGAACGAAACGGAGUCCUUGUUGCCAAGGUAAAAAAAAACGAUUUUAAUUCGGAAGACGUAAUACAAGACUUGAACAGAUUGCUGUACUUCCUUGAAGACCAAGAAAGAAACGCUAAUACUUUGCAAGAAGUCAAUUUAACCGAAGCCAUAGGAAGCCUUGGAGCAGUGAUAAGGUUUCUUAAUUUGACAGGGGACGAAAAGAACUUUAAUCAGUUUAAAAUAAGCACCCUUGACAUACACAGGUUUGUUCGCUUGGAUAACGCAGCUUUGCAAGCUCUUAACGUUCUACCGAAAGCUGGCUCAAAUUUCUCAGACUGCGCCAAGCUCCCUAGUUCCUCAAAAUCAAAUUGUUUAGUUGGUAUUUUGGAUUUCUGCGUGACCACACAAGGUCGUAGACUUUUAGAGCAAUGGGUUAAGCAACCUCUAAAAGAUUACAAUCUUAUUAACGAAAGGUUGGAUAUAGUGGAAUGUCUCGUUAAGGAUUCAGAAUCCAGGUCGCUUCUAAUGAAAGAUUGCUUAACGCGUAUGCCAGAUUUGAUGAUUCUUUCAAAAAAAUUAUCCUCCAAAAAGGCAAAUUUGCAAGAUUGUUAUAGGGUUUAUCAAGCUAUAGGUAGUAUUCCCAGUACCGUUAACAUUUUAAAAAAUACAGAGAAUAAAUGUGUAAUUGGUACUUUAGUGGAACCAAUUUGCGAUAUUCUGUUGGAUUUGGAAAGGUAUCAAACUAUGAUCGAGCAAAUUUUGGAUAUGGAUUUGGUGGAGCGUGGGGAAUUUUUUGUCAAAAAAACAUUUGAUGAUGAACUGAAUGAAUUAUAUGACAAGAAGCAAAAAAUUCAAGAAAAAUUCCAAUCCUUGCUUAGAAAAGCAGCAAUUGAGUUAAAUUUCGAUGAAGGAAAAACUAUUAAGCUAGAAUGCAACGAUCAACAUGGCUAUUUCUUUAGGGUCACUUUAAAAGAAGAACAAGCUUUAAGAGACGCAAAGAGUUACAAAAUUAUCGAUGUUGUCAAAGGGGGCGUAAGAUUCAAUAAUUCCAAAUUGGUCAGUCUGAAUGAAGAAUAUGCUGAAAUUAAUGAAGCCUAUGAAAAUCAACAGAAAACUGUUGUUGCAGAAAUAUUUGAAGUAGCUCGUGGUUAUGCUGAUACUCUUCGCAGCCUUAACAUGCUCAUAGCGAAAAUUGACGUAUACGUAUCGUUCGCUACCGCGGCUGUAUCGGCUCGUAUUCCCUACGUAAGACCAAAACUUCACAAACAAGACGCGGGCGUUUUAAAACUAAAGCAAGCCCGUCACCCUUGCUUGGAACAGCAGGAACAGGUGGCGUUCAUUCCGAACGACGCCGAAUUUGAUCAAAACAACAAAACUUUGCACAUUAUUACGGGUCCGAACAUGUGCGGUAAGAGUACCUACAUAAGGAGUGUGGGAGUAUGCGUUUUGUUAGCACAUAUUGGAAGCAUGGUGCCCUGCGAUAUGGCCGAGGUUAGCAUAGUUGAUGCCAUUUUGGCCAGAGUUGGCGCGGAUGAUUCGCAGCUAAAGGGAUUGUCUACUUUUAUGUUGGAGAUGAUAGAAACUUCUACAAUUAUAAAGAGUGCUACCAAAAACUCCUUGGUUAUUAUUGAUGAAUUAGGAAGAGGAACUUCGACAUAUGACGGAUGUGGUAUUGCUUGGUCAAUUGCAGAAUUUCUAGGAAAAGACAUAAAAUGCUUCUCAUUAUUUGCUACCCAUUUCCAUGAAAUUACUCGGUUAGCAAACAUGUAUCCCUCCAUAAAUAAUUUACAUGUUACUGCUGUUACCACCAACGAUUCUAUAACACCCUUAUACCAAAUUAAGCAAGGAGAGUGUGAUAAAAGUUAUGGAAUACAUUGUGCCAGAAUGGUUGGAUUUCCCAAUGAUGUUAUUGAGUGGGCAUUAGAACAUCAAACGGAAUUAGAACAUCAAAUGGGAACCAAAUUUAUUACUGAUAAGGAUCCUGUUGAAAAACGUAAAGUUAUUGAGGACGGUGAUAAAAUUAUUAAAGAGGCUUUAAAAAAAGUAAAAUCAUUGGACAUUAGCACAAUGACUGACGAUGCACUAAAAAACAUGUUGCAAAAUAUGAAAAAAGAAUUGCAACAAAAAGAUAAUUGCUUUGUAAAUGGUUUGAUGUCUGUUUAGUUUGUAUUUAACUGUAACCUUCAUGUUUUAGUUAUUUAGUUUUUUUUACUUUACUUUUAAGUAUCAUUUAUUUUACCUAAAGUUACUUGUUUUUAUUUCUACCACCCGAUAAUAGUUUAAUCUGA